UUUUGGAGGAGCACUCCCCUAGUCUCUUUUGACCAUUCACCACCAUCCGCGCUGCCCUUUCAUUUCCCGUCCGGUUUCACAUACUGUGCGCCCCUUUCCUUGUUAUCUUUGCUCCAAAGCGGGACUCGACCGGCGGCCAUCUUCCCUUUUCUUAGAUGGGGAUUCAGUUCCCCCUCCCCUGGGUCCAUCAAAAGCCAAUUGAAAGCUAGGCGCAAGCUCUUAAAUGCUCCCCACUCCUCCCUUAACUGCUCUCUGGUUCUUGGGCAGAGUGACCCUGGAGCCUUCUUCAAUUCAAUUGCAGGACACAGUUCCCAAGGGAGGAAAGAGUGGUGGGUUUUGGCCAUAAAUAAAGAGGGACAUCCUGCUCCAGGUUCCAUUGCAUUUGCUCGCUCUUGCGGUGGUUGUGCUCCUGGCUUAGGGCUGGAAGAUGAGGCCAGGGGUUGGAGUUAGCCCAGGGAACGUGCCUGUGUACUAUGGGGGAGGGCACCUGAAGGCAGUGGAAAGGAGAAUGAAGGUGGCUGAGGUGGUGCUAAGGUGGGUGAUCUUUGGGCUGGGAGUGCUUGCUGCUGCUCUUGUGGCCUCUGACACCCAGGUCAAGAACAUCUUCUCCGUGCAAAAGAAGGCCAAGUUUACAGACAUCAAAGCUUUGGUGUUUCUGGUGAUUGCUGAUGCCAUAGCCGCAGGUUAUAGUCUCAUCCAGGGAUUGAGGUGUGUGGUGAACAUGAUCAAAGGGAAUGUGCUCUUCAACAAGGCCUUGGCUUUGGUUAUAUUCUCUUGCGAUCAGGUGAUGGCGUAUGUGACACUAGCUGCAGUAGCAGCGGCGGCACAAUCGGCGGUGCUCGGGGAGUUUGGGCAGUCGGAGCUGCAAUGGAUGAAGCUAUGCAAUCUCUAUAACAAGUUCUGUUCCCAAGUUGGGGAGGGAAUUCUGAGUUCAUUUGUGGUUAGCCUUGGCAUGGUCAGCCUCUCCGGUCUAUCAGCUUUUAACCUCUUUCGCUUGUUUGGGAACAACAAAGGAAAGAGCAGUGGGAGUUGAGAGAUAGAUUCAAUUGCAGCUCGUUUUUUAGCACCAACAUGUUAUCCUUUGUGUCGUUAUCCCUUGGCUGGUAAAGUAGUUAUGCUUUAAUGUGGGCUUUGUAAAUGUUUAUCAUAUGUAUGUAAUAAAUGCAAGACAUGCUUCUGUAUGCUGCUUUUGGGACAAAAAAAAUCCAGUCAAGAACUCAUCUAGUUUGUUUGGACCUCCAA